AUGUUCAAGAACUCUCAAAAUGUGCAGAUCACAGGAGGGACUUUCACCGCCGUGACUACAGUAGGUGGGAUUAAAGGGACGUCUAGGAAAGAUGACGGAGCCUUGUUACUUGUGCGCGAGCAUAGCGCGCUCAACUGCCUCCUGGACUCCAACGAGCGUUUCGACCCCCCGAGGUGCGAUCCAGACACACGGGUUGGCAUCAUCCGGCAGAUCCUGGACUGGGUUAGCAGCGAUGACGAAGUUGGAUCAAUAACAAUCAUGCAUGGAUCAGCCGGAGCCGGAAAGUCUGCUUUGGAGCAGUCCAUUGCGGAACUGUGCUCCAAGAACGGGCGCUUAGCAGCCAGCUUUUUCUUUUCGAGAACGGCGCCUCAUCGGAGGGACGGAAACACUUUGAUUCCAACGCUGGUGUUUCAGAUCGCGCACACGCAACCCAUCCUGCGCCCGUAUAUCGAAAAAGCUGUGGAGGCAGACCCUGCACUCUUCGAGAAAUCCCGUAGCACCCAGCUGGAAAAGCUGUUGGUGGAGCCUUUCCUUUCCCUAAACAACAGCUACAGGAAACGACAACGCAAUUGUUUUUUCUGGCCCUCCCCUUCAAGGAAACAGGAGUUCUCUAGGAUCUGCAGGCUCGUGAUCAUUGAUGGACUCGACGAGUGCCAAGGUCGUGAAGUACAGUGCGACUUGCUGCGUAUCAUUGGGGAAGUCGCUCCUCGACUACCGUUUCCCUUCCGCUUCCUCAUUGCGAGCAGGCCCGAAUCGCAUGUCAUGCAUACGCUCACCUUUGACAAGAUAUUUCAAGGUGUCCAUGUCCGUCGCAUAAACCUUGAUGAUGAUUUGAGCGCUCGUUCGGACAUCCACACAUUCCUCACCAAACAGUUCACGGAGAUAUGCCGAUCGCAUCCUCUAUGUAAGCAUCUCCCCGAAUCGUGGCCCACGGCUGAAGAUAUCCUGGAGUUGGUCAAGAAGGCGUCAACGCAGUUUAUAUACGCCUCUAUUGUCAUGAACUACAUUGGCUCCCGGAGGCAUCGACCCGACCAUCGCCUCCGCAUUAUCCUCGGCCUUUUGCCAGUACCAACCAAAGAGAAGCCGUUCGCCCAACUCGACGUCCUCUAUUCUUGCAUUUUCUCCUCCGUCGAAGACCUGAAAACAGCUCACCGCAUCCUUGGUAUUAUAUACCUGUCUUCUCAUUUCGGAGAAAAGUUUAACUUGAACGCGAAGUGCACGAGCCCAGUCGGGCUGGAGGAAAUUCUACAAAUUCAGCCUGGAGAUGUUGAACUCGCCCUUGACGACCUCCUUUCCCUUGUCGUUGUUAUUUCGAGGGAUCAACCUAUCAAGAUAUUUCAUGCCUCCUUAUUUGACUUCCUCCUCGACGCAUCACGGUCGGAAGAUUAUCGACUAGAUUUGACACUUGCCCAUGACGCCCUCGCAAAUUACUAUCUAGGAAAGAUACUGCCCCGCUCUCCCCCGGCGUCUCGCGAUCAGUUAUUUUCUGCUUGGUGGGACUACGAACCGGAAUGGCUCCUUCUCUUUCUGAAGCAUUGCCAAUAUGGUCCCGUGUCAAAGAGAGUGUCGGAAUUCUUGCUCUCUAUGCAAUACCUGCCCUUUCACUCCAAUUUCCUUGCUGCAGAAAUGUCCAUGCGAAAUCUGGACAUUGAUUGGACCUCGGUCGAGCCUCAUUUUUCUGUCUUCCUUUGGAAAAUUCUUUCGCGGGUUGAGGCUAUACUUCUAUGCCAGGAUUGCGAUAUCCAGUUUUCUCUGAACCUUAUCGACGAAAUCAACUUAUACCUAGUCUUCCUCCGGGAUCAUGCUCAAGUCACUGCUAGCAUCUUGGCCAUUAACCUGGAACCCAUUGACGUUCGCGCCCAUUCUACUAUCAAGGCCCAUGCUUUAGACGGAAUUACUAGAAUCAAAUCUGUCGCCUUCCUUCGUUGGAUGCGCAACACGUCUCGAGACAGUUUAGACGAGGAUUUUUUUCAAGCAAUCAGAACAGCGGUUGGAUCUUUGCAGAUACAGGACAGAGGUCCUCGUAUCUUAUACCGAAACGGCAAGGAGUCGACUGAAGCACAAUCGGCGUCUUUGCGUUUUGCCUCAAUGCUUCUCCCUCAUUGCGGUUAUUCGGAAAUCUUUCUUCAGUUUCUUUUCUACACCGCACCGAAAGCACUAGCGGAACACCACGGGCCACUUCGUACAGAAGUGGUCGAGUAUAUCAAGCGACUCGAGAGUUCUCUACCGAAGUCUGGGAUGCUAUGGGAGUUGAAACAAAGGUGGCGGAUACCUCACGGUGCAGAAUAA